AAUAUGCUAUGCUGGCACGGUAAGCCGGGGAUUCCCCGUCAGCAAAAGCUGAGAAUCGUCCUUGGAUGAGACGCUAUAUUCCUUUGUUAUUUUGGUAUGUGGGCACGUUGUAUUGCUAAAUAUAAAAGCGCAAUUACUCGAGUUACUGUAUUGAUAAAUAUAAAAGCGCAGUUGCUAAUGUAUAACUGGAGACCGAACAAUGACCGACAAGCAAUGCAUCCAAAUGCAUCAGCAUUCCAAAAACAUGGUCGUUCAAUUGAACAGACAAAGAUUGGAAAACACUGACUAUUGUGAUGUCAUAAUCAAAGUAGAAGACGUACAUUUCUCCGCUCACAGAAGUGUCCUGGCAGCGUGCAGCCCAUUUUUUGAUGCUAUGUUUACAUCUAAGAUGGUCGAACAGUUUAAAAAAGAGGUGGAAAUCAAGGAUGUAAAGAAACAUAUUUUCAAUGAUGUCAUCAACUUUAUUUACACGGACCAAAUCGUUUUGUCUGCCGAUAAUGUCAGGGAUGUUUUGCACUAUUCUUCAUUCCUGCAAAUCAAAGAUUUACUAGAUGCUACAGUGGAAUACUUGACCCAAAGCAUUUGCCCAGAAAACUGGUUCGUAAUUCGUGGGUUAGGUCAGUUGUACACACUGCCUACGCUGGUUUUACAAGCUGAAAAAUGCAUGCUGCAGAACUUUGAUGAGUCAUCUCUCCAUGAGAGUUUCUUAGAAUUAACAGCUACAGACCUGGAUUCAAUAAUUAAGUCUGAAGACUUAGUAGUGAGCUCUGAAUUUGUUCUUUUACUAGCUUUGAUUUCAUGGGUUCAGAAAGAUGUUAAAAACAGACAACAAAAUUUUCUUGCUUUGUUGAAGUAUGUUCGAUUUCAAUUUAUUCCAAUUGAAUAUCUCACAAAGACUUUCAGAAAAAUGGAUCUUGUAAAAAAUUCACCUGAAAUUCGCGACUUGAUCGAAGAUGCUAUGUGUUUUCGUGCCGAUCCUAAUACAAGUAUAGCAGAAAAAAAGAGAGCAGGAUUUUUGCCAGAUGGUAAUAUUGCACUUGUUCCAUGCAUUGGCCUGCCAAGCAAACUAUCUCUGCCUGAUCAAACUUGGAAAACUAUCCCGUCUCAAUCAACUGGAAAACAGCAUUGUGCAACUGCUGUACAUAAUGGCAAGUUAUAUUGCUUUGGUGGCAUUGAUGUUCCAUUAGAACCACCUCUUGGCUUGACUGUAAAAUCGAGUUCUAAUUUAAAAUGCUUUGAUGGGAAAUCCUGGGUGCAUUUAAUAGAACAUGGAAUGGGCUUAGGCAGUGCAAGGUCCACAGCAGUUAUUAUAAAAGACACAUUAUAUAUCUUCUGCGGCAUCAACGAAAUGAAAUAUCUCAACUCAAGAAACUGGAUUGUGAUGAUGAGCAAGAAUGUAUUAUCUUACAACUUGACGACAAAAUUCACAACCCCAAAAUCUCCAUUCAACACUUUAAGAACUGAUGCUUCAUCUGUAUGCAUUACCAAAAAAGAUGCUAUAAUACUUGGAGGUUACAUUCAGCAGGAUGAAAGCCUCUACAACAAAUAGAAGCCACAUCUAUAGUUGAACGUUACGACACUGAUUCUAAUACUUGGAAAAAACUCCGAAACUUGAAUAUUGGUCGGGCUUCAUGUGCUGCAGCAGUGCUCAAUGGAAAAGUCUUUGUUUUUGGAGGAUACAUGAACAUAAACACUACUGUAGACACCUGUGAGUUCAUGAAUUUAUCUGAUGGACAUUGGACGCUGUUGACUAAAAAGGUUCCCCACCCGCUUGGUGAAACGUCUGCCUGUUGUUUGGAAAACCACAUUGUAGUGUAUGGAGCACAAAUGCACUUGUUUAACAGGGAGGAGGGAAAGCUGUUCCUUUUCACUCCAGAAAUCCAAAGAUGGAAGGAAAUACAUAAGAAACAGCAGAAUGCUCUUCAUGAAGCAGCUUCUGUUUUUAUAUUACAGUAGAGGCUGAAUAUUUUUGAUAAUUUAUUUCUCUUUUUAUAGUGAUUAGAGUUUAAACUCUAGUUACCCUUUUAUAUAUUUUACAUAACCCCAUUUGUCUGUGAAUUAGUGGUUGGAUUUUAGAUUGUGAAUAUAUGAUAUGCUUGAUGCUGUUACCAAUGUGUGUGUGUGUUUUUAUACAAGUUUACAAAUUUUUAUUUCUUCAAUCCAGUGGUCAAUAGUCAGUUGCCCAUUUUUUAUACACAAAAAUAUCACCCAUAAAGAAAAAUAUGCUGUAAAUUGAAGCGGGCAUGGGGUGUGUGAAAUAUGACACCCGUUUAGCCCAACCAUAGGAGGUUAUAUACGUAUCAUCCACUAAUUUAGCUGACUCUCUUUCUACUUUGUAUAAUUAAAAGUGUUUUUUGUAUGUAAUGUACAGUAUUCCAUCUGAUUAUUUUUAUAGAGUUUAUUUAAAUUUAUUUGAAUCUUGUAGCGUAGUACAAUCUUGACGAUUGUUGUACCUUUAUUAACAGUAAAAGAGAAAACUGCCCCA